CAAAAAAAAAACGUUUAAUCCAGAGUUUACACAGAUAUGAAUGAAUAAUAAGUUUGAUAUGAGGCGAAGAAUAAUACUGAUAAAGAUAAAGUCACCUUUGACCUGUCAGCGUCUUCACACAUUAAAACAAAAUCAGCUUAAACUGAAACCAUCAAAGAUGUCAGUACACAAACAAAUACAGCCUCCUCCCUUUUAACCUGCACCUCACAGGUUAAAAACUCUCUGAGCUUUAAGGCUGAAGAGAAUCUGCAUUGAAUCAAUUCUUAUAAAUGCAUUUAAACAAACACGUUUAUCCACGGAGGACACGUGGUUGUGUGGAGGUUAAAUACGGAAUCAGAAGAUUUAUUUAUUUAUGUUAAUUAGGGCUACGUCACAUAAUUACAGCUGCUCUCUGUGACGCGUUUAGGGAUAAAAAAAAAAAAGAAGAGGGAGCUCCUUUUUCUGGCGGAGCGUCAGUGAAUGAGGAGGGAGGAGGAGGAGCACACUCUCCUCCCUCCUCCUCCCUCCUCUCUCCUCCCUCCUCCUCCCUCCUCCGUCCAGAGCUGCUGCAGACCGAUGUGACGGCGUCAGUACCUGAGGACUGAAAUCUACCUGUGGAUCCUCGCUCCCUGUGCGCAGCCAUGGGGAUCUCCACGUCCAGUCUGCUGGACGACACCAAGUCCAACUACAUCAGAGCCGAGGCCGAGGCCGAGCUGAAGGACUUCAGUCCCUACUACAGGAAACAGUUCUCGGUGGCUCGCUUCGCUCAGGUGGAAGACGACCUGGAACAGAACAAGCAGAAGAUCACACAGCUGCUCAAACAGAGGGAGGCUCCACAAGAGGGCGAGGUUCUGUACGAGGAGGCCGUGCUGUACUUCGAUGACACCAGGAAGUGGAGGGACAGGUACGUGGUGGUGAGAGCCAACUACUGCCUGGAGUGUCACGACAGCCUGGAGACUUUCGUUAAAGGAGUUCCUCCGCGCCACAAGCUGCUGCCUACAGGGGGCACUGUCCUGACCACGGAGGAGAGCUACAUGAACAUGGUGGAUAAAUGUUUCCCUGACGACAGCGGUGUGAAGGAGGACUUUGCUCCACCUCUGUCUGGGAUGCCGGGACAGUUUCCAGUUUACCUCCGUCUCCCGUACAGGAGGGACUCGUACUUCUGCUUCAGGCAGGAGGCCAAGCAGGCGGCUUUCCUCUCCAUCCUGUCAGACUGCAUCCGACACCAGAACCAAGACUUCCUGAAGAAGAAGACGUGUGAGGUCCAGGCCUUCCUCAAAGCCAUCCAGCUCUACCGGCAGGACAGAGGCAAAUAUGAGACCUGGGACAUGUUGAUAGGAAGCGACGUCAGGGUGAUGGCCAACCUGGUGAUGGAGAAGCUGCUUCCGUCUCUGGAGAAAGAAAUGCUGCCUGGACUCAAGGCCAAGAAGACGGAGAAGAAGAGAGUUUGGUUCGCUACGGUGGAGGCGGCCUACAUCCUGGUCCAGGAGCACCUGCUGGACGGGCUGGCGGCUCUGAAGGAGGAGUGUCGGACGUGGGUCCGGCAGCAGGAGGUUCAGAUCCACUCGGACAUGGACCAGAUCCUGAACUCCAGGCGGCAGCUGGAGGAAACCAUCAGAGCUAAAGUGUCGGAGCCGGUGGAGAAGUUGUGCUCGGAGGCGGUGCAUCCGUACCUGGGCUCCGUCCUGGAGGAACUCAUGGGCCCCAUCAGCUCCGGCUUCGACGAGGGACGGCAGCUCAGCGAGGGCAUGAUGGACCAGGUCUGUGAGGACGUCCAGCAGGGCGGCGACAGCGAGCUGAUCAAACAGGCUUUGGCCAAGAUGGCGAAACCGAACCUGCUGAGCUGCUACCAGAGGAUCAGUUCUCUGCAGGAGAAGCUGCCGGACCUGCAGGAGAGAUUUGGCUUCAGCAACGUCCUGGGACUGAUCCACAGCGCCCAGAUAGACCUGCAGCAGCUGAUGGAGAACGCCUCCUUCACCUUCGAGCAGCUCCUCUUUAAAGCCCUGAAGGACCAUCCGGACCACCUGGACCAGGUCUGCUCCUCCAUCCAGAAGAACAAACACCGAGUCCUCAAGCAAUAUGACUAUGACAGCAGCUCAGUGAGGAAGAGGAUCUUUGAGGAGGCGCUGGUCUCCAUCACGCUGCCGUUCAUCAAGAAGAACCUGGCUCCCUCCCUCACAGCGGAGCUCCAGGCUCUGGACCAGUCCGUCUACUCCGACCACUCCUCCUUCAUCCACGUGGAGAACGUCUACGAGAGCCUCCUCCUGCAGAGUCUGGACAAGGAGGUCACCAAAGUGGUGAAGGAGGCAGCGACCCUGAGGAGGUACAACCUGUUCUCAGACAGUCGGGACCUGACCAGUCAGUCCAGCCGCUCCUCCCUGUCCUCCCCCUCCGUGUCCACCCCCAGCAGCCCCUCCAUGGCGCUGGCCUCCCCCUCCCAGCGCUCCUCCCAGCCCCCGUCUCCUCUGGCCGUCAACGGCCUGAACCACGGGGCUCACAAGGAGGAGGACGCCGCGCCGAUGGAGACGGUCCAGCAGGAGGAGGAGGAGGAGAAGAGCCCGGCUAGAGAGGAGGAGACGCAGGAACCAGAGGCUCUGAUCCACCAAGGAGGAGGAGAAGAAGAAGUGUUUAACGUCCAGACAGGAGGAGAAGAGGAGGAGAAAACUGAGACACAAAACUUACAAGCUUCAGAACUGAUCAGUUCAGAAACUACAGAGACCAGCGCCCCUGCUCCUGCUCCUGCUCCUGGUUCUGCUCCUGCACCUGCUCCUGCUCCUGCUCCUGCUCCUGGUCCUGGUCCUGGUCCUGCUCCUGGUCCUGCUCCUGCACCUGCUCCUGCUCCUGCUCCUGGUUCUGCUCCUGCACCUGGUUCUGCUCCUGGUUCUGCUCCUGGUUCUGCUCCUGCACCUGCUCCUGCUCCUGCUCCUGGUUCUGCUCCUGCUCCUGCUCCUGGUCCUGCUCCUGGUCCUGGUCCUGCUCCUGGUCCUGGUUCUGCUCCUGCAGAACCUCCUUCUGAGGAGACUGGACUCCAGACUCUGUGUGAGAGCUCACAGGUGAAGUCAGAGGCGCCUCCUAGUGGUGAUCUACCUGCAGACGUCUGCAUCCUGGACCCAGAACCAGUUCCAGAACCGGGACCAGAACCAGAACCAGAACCAGCCUCAGACCCGGACUCUCUGGACGUGUCGGUGGGGAGCGGGUCCGUCCCCUCAGACCUGGAGUCCACAGACGACGUCUCCCUGACCUCCGACGUCCCGGAGAACGAGGCCGGCGUCGGCAAAGAGGACGCGUCUGAGGACAAAACCACCAGCGAUGAGACGACCCCAUCGGUCCAGACGGAGGAGGAGGAGGCAGGAGACGUGGGAGGAGACGACGUGGAGACAUCAGGGCAGCAGGAGGAGGAGGAGGAGGCAGGAGACGUGGGAGGAGACGACGUGGAGACAUCAGGGCAGCAGGAGGAGGCAGGAGACGCUACUAAAGCGUCUCCACCAACGUCUCCGCCUGCUGAGACGUCCUCCAGUCCCGAGGCCCGGCCCCUGGACUGCAUCAAGGAGAUCCGGGACCUGGUGGUGGAGGUGAUCGAGGUGGAGGAGCUGGUGCAGCGUUACCCCGACGGAGUUCCCAAGGAGGAGUGAAACUAAACCUGAACCUGAACCCGAACCCGAACCCGAAUCUCUUCACGCAUGCAUGACACCACGCUACAUUAUUUAUAUGAUCCAACAUGUACAAACGUUUUAGAAGAAUUAUUUUAUCAUGAAGAAGUUUCUGGAAAGGCGUCUCUUAAAGGAGGAUGUGAUGUGAGGGAGUUAGCUUAGCUUAGCUUAGCAGACCAACUAAACAAACAUAAGCUUUAGAGGUGGUGGUAGGAUACAUGGAACUUUAAAACUGGACCAGGAUACUGCUUUUCUUUCUACUUUCAGUCUUUAUGCUAAGCUAAGCUAACCCUGUCCUAACUCUAGGACUUUCAGUCUUUAUGCUAAGCUAAGCUAACCCUGUCCUGACUCUAGGACUUUCAGUCUUUAUGCUAAGCUAAGCUAA